AUGAAGACCUCAAUGGUACUCUUAUUCGGGUACGCCGCCGCAGCAGUCGUGCCCAGAGUCAAUGAUGUCCCAUCUCCCGUCCCGGUAGCACGACCAGGCGCAAUCAUCGAAGCACAAGAGCCAACCGGCACCGCAACAGCAUCUUGGAUCAGUCACAGCAACAUGACCAGUACAGCCACCAGCUCGGUCACCACAGCGGCACCGACAUCCCUACCUGGAGUACCCGAGGGAGGCUGUGUGCCAGCAUCUAUCUGCGUAGACAAGGCGACCAUGAUGGAUUGCGGAAGUGGUCUAGUACGCAAGCGAUACGGAGGGUGUUAUGAUAAGAACUUCUGCCACGCUACAACAUCCUAUCUCGACCCUACAUGCGGAUGA